UACUCUGUAAAGACCAAACCCUUCUUUACGACAACCCUGUAAGCAAUGCGCUCAAUCGUCAGAAAGCUCUCACCUUUAACUCCACCGCAUCGUCUCUUCCCUCUCUCCUUCUCUCUCUCAGCCCCAAAUUCCUGCUCCAUUCUCUCUUCUCUGCUGCCCUGUCCUCUGCCUUCUCCGGCAGUGUCGUCGGCAGCAAACCACAUUCUCUCGCUGCUCCGCCACUUCGCAUCCCAACCGUCUCCGUCCUCUACUCUCUCUCUCGCCUUCAUCCGUGACGGAUGCUAUGAUGCCGAAGUCGCCCAUCGCCCUCCUUUCUCCCUUCUCUUCUGCCCCGGCUGCGGCGUCCACAUGCAGAACUCCGACCCCUCACUUCCCGGCUUCUUCUCAACCCCUUCAACCAAAUCCCCCGACUACCCUCUCCCACUCUCCUCCACCUCCGAUCCCGAAACAUCCAUCUUCAUCAAGUCUGGCCACCUCCAAGAACUGUCAGAAGCCACUGGCGGCCCUCUUCCUGGCGAUUCCAGCGCCGAAGACAGCAAGCCUUUGGUCUGUGCCCGCUGCCACUCUCUCCGCCACUACGGCCGCGUCAAGGACUCCUCCGCCGAGAAUCUCCUCCCGGACUUCGACUUCGAUUGCAUGAUCGCCCCCAAGAUUGCUUCCCCAUCCGGCCCGCGCUCCGUUGUCCUCUUCGUUGUAGACUCAACCGACUUCGACGGUUCCUUUCCUCGCAAGGUCUCCCGACUCCUUUCAACCUCCAUUGAUCACAACGCCCUCGCCUGGAAGGAGAGUAAGUCUGCCAACAUCCCCAGGAUCAUCCUCGUCGUUACGAAACUUGACCUUUUGCCUUCUUCCGUCUCCCAGGAGAUGCUCAACGAGUGGACGCGGAGGCGGGCAAAUAUCUUGGGGGCGGUGAAGUUGGCCGGAUUGCAUCUCGUCAGCGCGGUAAGGGAUUGGGGAGUAAGAAAUUUGGUCGAGCAGGUGGCAGAGUUUGCUGGUCCAAGGGGAAAUGUGUGGGCUGUAGGAGCUCAGAAUGCUGGCAAAUCGACUCUGAUCAAUGCCAUGGGGAGGUGUGUUGGGAGGAAGAUGACCCAAUUGACCGAGGCUCCUGUGCCAGGAACAACUCUGGGGAUUGUGAGGGUGGAGGGGGUGCUUUGCGGGCAUGCGAAGCUGUUUGAUACUCCUGGGAUACUUCAUCCCUACCAGAUUACAACAAGAUUAACUAGAGAGGAACAAAAGUUGAUUCAUAUAAGCAAGGAGCUUAAACCAAGAACCUACAGAAUCAAGGUUAGUUUCACAUAUUUAUUUAUUUUCUUCAGUGGAACUUUUAUUUGGCCAAGAGAGGAACUUUCCAAACGUGUUUGCAUCGGGCUUGUUGUUGGAGUAGCUCCAGUAGAAGAACUUGGUGAAUUGGUGAGAACUGAAUUCAGAGUGACCGGUGAUAGUUGGGAUGACAGUAGCACUGACAUUGCAGCUGCUGGCCUUGGUUGGAUUGCUGUCUGUCUCAAGGGGGAAACAUUACUGGGUGUGUGGACAUAUGAUGGAAUCAAUGUUGUUUCACGAAGUUCUUUGAUUGCCAGAAAAGCAAAAAUAUUUGAAGAAGCCGGGUUCACUGUUUCAAAUAUUGUCUCUAAAGCUGACAGUAUUUUCAGCAAGGAGAAGCAAAAUAAAUCUGGGAAGAAAAAGAGUGUGCUAAGAUGAAACUGGGCAAGUAUGCCUUUAGCUGAUAUCUGAUAGAAUUGAAAGCUUAUUUGUUCUUCAGUUUAAAAGUCUGGGAAAGUGGCUCACGAAUGGAGAACUGCAAUUUUGUCGAACUUAUCUGAUAUUUAUGGUGUUGAUUUUGGAUGUCAGACUUUUAGUUGUAGUUGUAAUUUUGGACAUCGAACUUUUAGCCAUAGCUUAUUUAUACUGGGAAUUGCUAUCCUGUGCUGGGGUGCAAAUAUUGAUUACUUGUAAUACAUACGAAUAAUUCACCUUGGUUUGUGGGCAUUAUUAAUUUUAUUGUUAGUGGUAUAUUUCCUUAUUAUUUA